AUGGGAGAAAAUCCACAUUAUACUCAGUCAUGGGCAUAUGCUUACGAUCAAAAUCAGCAGCAAUAUCUUGUACCUCCAGGAACCCAAGCUUCAGAUUAUUCUAGUUUUUCAUAUGCAGCACCAGGCUCUACUCAAUCUUACGCUCAGUAUCAAACAUCUUACACAUAUCCAUAUCCAACCUCUACAACUGCACUCCCAACUGCUACUUAUCCUCCAGGAGUAACACCACCGCCGCAAGUAACAUCUAAUUUUCAACCCAAUCCUCCCGGAGUAACUUCUAGCUCUUCAUGGUAUUCUGCACCGAUAUCAACUACGAUGCCCUAUCAAACAACCGCCUAUAAUACAACUUCAUUUGACCCCAAUGUCUAUUAUCAACCAUAUUAUCCGGCAACUGGCGCAGCCUCUGGAACGUAUCCUACUUAUGCAGCAGCUCCAGUACUUGAAGCUAGUAAUCUCACCCAAAAUAACCCAUCAUUUUCUAUUGCUCCACUACCCGAGUCUGGAACAAACACUGUCAAUGCUGUACAAAAUAACAUUGUAAAUGAAGGAAAGUCCUCAGAAGUUCAACAAACAACCUCCGGAUUUGCGAACUUACAAGUCAAUCCUAGUGCCAAUAAUGGGACCAACAAUGAUGAUCAAAAACCGAAACCGCUUUAUCGUCAAAUUAAAAUCCAGCAAAACAAAACCUUGAUUAAAAAUAACCCACUAGAAAGCCCGGAACCAGAAAGUACGACCACAGAUCAACAAAGCUCAAACCAAAAAUCACAAAAACAACCUGCUGCUGCGAAAGAAUGGCCUUUGAGUUUAAAGGAAUAUGUUCAACGAAGUUUUAAUGAAGCACAACAUAAUAUAGAUGCUGUUGAGAGGGAAUUGAAAAUCAUAAUUUCCAAUAAAAUGUCUGAAGGCUUAUUGUACGAAACGGACUGGUCGAAAAUGGAUUUACCACAAAGCUGUAGAUCAUCAAGUUUAUUUCGAGAAAAUGAAAAACGAAGAAACUUUUUAUCUUUUAAUCAAUCACCUUCUGAUCGAUAUUCAUUUGAUAGUGAUGAAUGCAGCGAAUCUCAAAAAAGAGAAAAGCGAGCUAAACGUUUCCAAGAGCAUGAAAGAAUUAAUAGACCUCGUUGGGAACCUCCUGUUCAACAAUUAGAUGAGAUUGAUGUGGAUCAAACGAUUGUCGGAACCUGUCAAAAGCUGGAAAAGUCAUAUUUACGCCUGACUUCUGCACCUGAUCCAUCAACUGUUAGGCCUUUACGCAUACUGAAACAGACUUUAGAAUUUUUAAAAACAAAAUGGGUCGAAGAUCAAAAUUAUACUUAUAUUUGCGAUCAAUUCAAAUCAUUGCGUCAAGAUCUAACGGUUCAACACAUUAAAACUGAAUUCACUGUAAAAGUAUAUGAGACACACGCUCGUAUUGCACUCGAAAAGAGCGAUUUGGGUGAGUACAAUCAAUGUCAAACACAACUAAAGGAGCUUUAUAGAUUGAAUAUUCCAGACAUCAACGCAUUAAUCGCUGAACUUACGGAUGAAAUGAAGAAUGACGAAGCGAUUAAGCAUGCAUUAGAGGUGCGAUCCACUCUGGCUACAUCAAAUUUCCAUAAAUUCUUCCAAUUAUACUUAAAGGCACCUAAUAUGGGAGCUUAUCUUAUGGAUCAUUUCAUUGAAAGAGAAAGAAUCGCUGCUUUACAGACUUUAUGCAAAGCUUUUCGUCCUACUUUGGAAAUGGAGUUCAUACGAACAGAAUUGGCUUUCAAUGAUAUGGAAGAAUGUUACCAAUUUUUGAACGAACACAAUUCAUCUAUUUAUAUUUUAGCUGACAACACAUUAGAUACCAAGAACGCGCAAAAAUCUAUAGAAGCCUGCAGUAAGAAAUUUGAAAAAAUCGAUAUUAAGGGACAAAUCUGA